AUGGCUGACACCGGUCUGCCCCCCAACUGGGAGGUCCGCCACUCCAACUCCAAGGGCCUGCCGUACUACUUCAACACCGCCGACAAGGUCUCCCGCUGGGAGCCGCCCGCCGGCACCGACCCGGACAAGCUCAAGCACUACAUGGCCACGCACCACAGCGCCGGGCAGCGCCCGCCCACCGGCGCCGCCGGCAUCCCUGAGGGCAAGAUCCGCGCCGCCCACCUGCUCGUCAAGCACAGCGGGAGCCGCCGGCCGAGCAGCUGGCGAGAGGCCACCAUCACCCGCUCCAAGGACCAAGCCAUGGACAUCAUCAAGGGCCACGAGCAGCGCAUCCGCUCCGGCGCGGCCACGCUCGGCGACCUCGCGACCGCAGAGUCCGACUGCUCGUCGGCGCGCAAGCGCGGCGACCUCGGCUACUUUGGCCGCGGCGACAUGCAGAAGGAGUUCGAGGAGGCGUCGUUCGCGCUCAAGCCCGGCGAGAUGAGCGGCAUAGUCGAGACGGCCAGCGGGCUGCACCUGAUUGAGAGGCUCGAAUAA